UUGACUCUGACUGCUACUGUCAACAUUACCAGCGGCGAAACCUCCAAACUGUCACAGCAAGCGUCUGUCUCGCUGCCUCAGCCCACAGAGCCAUCCAUUUCCAUACUUUAACGUUACUUAUUGAAAUCCACAAGUAAUUAAGUUUCUGUCUUGGGACUUUUGUCAGCGCUGAAGAUGUUUGUGGAGAUGCUUCUUUAAGCGGAGCUUGGUGGUCGUGAGGGCUGGAGAGAGGCUUAUCGUUUCCUGACAGAGAGUUUGACAGUUAACCGCUUGGCUGUUGGUUGGCGUGGUGUUUUUGUUCAACAGCGACAGACCUCACAACAUAACGAGUCAUGUCUCGUAGGAGUUCUCGCCUGGUGUCCGGUGGCUACUAUAAUUCAGAUGAAGAAUCUGAUUCAAGUAGCGUAACAAACAUAUCCUACCGUGAAAACCCUGUCAAGGUUUUCAAGAAGAAGGCAGGGACCCGCAAGGCCGGCCCCCGUACCCCCAGUAGAGCCAAUAGCAAUGCUAGUUCUGGCAGCCCCGAGCCACCCAUCACUGCAGGCCAGUAUGAUGGCCUGAGUCCUUCUCCCUCGAGCAGUCAGACACAGCCAACCAUGAGGACUGUACCCUACAUUCCCACCAUGGCCACCCCUCGGCCGGCCCUGACCCCAUCAUCAGCCCGGAGUCAAACGCCCUCACGCUGCCCCUCAGUACCUCCAGAAAAGAGCCCCUACGCUGGGCUCUGCAGCUCCAGCAGACCAGGAUUACACCUAAGACCCAACCACAAGGAGCCGAGUCAGAGCGCUGUGGACAGCUCAGGGUACUCGUCCUCUGAAGGCAAUCACAGGAAGCCCACAGCUGCCGGCGCCACCACUGGCAGCACCAGUAGGAUCUGCAGUGACAGUAGCGCUCCCAGUACUGGAUUUAGAAGCAGAAUCAGCAGUGCCUUCUUUAGUCUGAUGGACUCAAUCUCAUUGAUGGCCAUCACAGUACAGUCAAAAAUAAUGCAUCUGACAGCUUUAGCUAAUACUUCGUUCAGCAGUCACAUGAAGAAGGCUUGUGGUCUGUUUCUCCUCCUCCUCCUCAUACUUCUAUGUAUUUGGUUCUUCCUUCCCUUGUUGGCCUCUCUCAUCUCCCGCAUGACGGUCACAAAAACCCCGUCACAGACAAAACCCAAGAGUCAACCUGUUAUCCAUGGCACUCCUUCUCCUCAACUCAACACAAUGCAUCCUACACCUGUAGUGGAUCCAGCUGUUGUGUCUGCUGCUAUAGAAGCAAAGAUGCAGCGUCUUAUGGAGGAGCUGCAGCUGAAGCAGUACGAGCUACAGCUGAAGCAGGAACGCCUUCCCUCCCAGGAUCCAGCUGUUGUGUCUGCUGCUGUAGAAGCAAAGAUGCAGCGUCUUAUGGAGGAGCUGCAGCUGAAGCAAGAUGAGCUACAGCUGAAGCAGGAACGCCUUCUCUCCCAGAUGAAGGAGAGACUACAGCUGGACAUGCAGGAUAUGAAAGCCAAGCUUGAGGUUGUGAACUCGGACAGUCGGAUGCAUCUGGAGCAGGAGCUUGCUGGGUUAGGCAUGCAGGUGGUGGAUUACCAGACAGAGAGCCACUCUGCUGCUGCCAGCCUCAGCCUCAGGAUCCAAGCUUUAGAGGCCCAGAAUGCCAAGCUGUCCCAGGAGUGGUCGUCCAUCCAGCUGAUGCCUCCUCCAGCCCCCUGUCCUGAUACCAGUGCCAACCCUGUCCAAAACCAUCUCACCCCAGAGCUCCAACAGGCCAUGGAGAAGUGGCUCACUGACCGCAUCAAGUAUGUACUGCAUGUGAAUCAGGAGCAGGAUGCUAUCAGGCUUGGUGACAAAGGAAGCUACUCAGACUGUGGACGUCCCAUGGCUGACAAAAUGGCCGACUUUGCACUGGAGACUCAAGGUGCCAGUGUGAUCAGUACCAGGUGUUCAGAGACAUAUCGUAUUCGUUCAGCCUGUGUGACCUUGUUUGGAUUCCCUCUGUGGUAUCCAUCUGAAAGCCCACGCACUGUUAUUCAGGGCUUCCCGGUGCUGCUCCCAGGGAAAUGUUGGGCAUUUCACGGUGUCCAGGGGACUCUUGUGAUCUCUCUGUCUCACCCCAUCACGAUAACUCAUGUGACGCUGGACCACCUGCCGCGCUACAACUCCCCCACCGGCCGCAUCGACUCCGCCCCCAAAGACUUUGAAGUCUAUGGAAUGAAAGAUGACACAGAAGAAGGAACACUGCUGGGGACAUUCACUUAUGAUGAAAAUGGAGAGUCAACACAGACGUUUAAGCUGCCUAACCCCAGUGACGUGGUGUAUCGAUUUGUGGAGCUGCGUGUCCUCACUAACUGGGGUCAUGUGGAAUAUACGUGUCUUUACCGCUUCCGUGUGCAUGGACAGAUCGCCUCUACAUGAGACACAAGAUUCACUGACCACGACGUGCUCAUUCCAAAAUAUCAGAAAGUACAUUUGCAAUGUACGCUAUUUAAAAAAAGUAAAAUUCAGUGGUGGUCUGAGGUGCAUUCAGGGCCAAAUGCUACUGAAAAAGUGUUUAGUGUUGAGUAAUGUCACUCCUGUGUGUCAGCUGGUUUUGCUGCAUUUUGGAUUGCUUAAUGUUAAAGUACAGGCAGAAAUCAUAGGAGGGUUUUUGUGCACAAUUUAAGGGGCACACUUGGCUUUGAAUAAAUGUACAGAAUGAAGUGUUUCAAACCAAAAAUCUACCUAGUAAAACCAUUUCGGAGCAUAAAGUUCUGGAAACUUUAUGUUCUUGGUCAUAUGAAAGUGCCACAUAAUAUUUUUUAACUUGUUAUUAUUAAUUAUUACUGCUAUUUAUCAGGUUGUUCCUACUUCACACAAUCCUACCCAGGAGCUCCCCAGUAAAAUGACAUUUCUUUAUGUUUUACCGCAGAGCAGCUGCAGUGGACCAGCUGAAUGUUAAACACCUUGCUUAAUGGUACUCUGACAAGUUAAAGGAAAGACAAUGUUUUUAAAUUAACUUUACUGACCCAGAUUUCCACAGAUGGUCCUGGCAUUUGAACUAGCAACAACUUGCUUGCAAGCUUGCACCUCAAGGCUUCCUGCCAUAACACAUAAGUAAUCAAGUGACAUUAAUGAGGUCAAAACAAAACUUAUUUCUAUCAUGCUCUGUCCAUUAUUUUGGACGCUAAAUUUGUUUCAAUAUUUAAUAUCUUUACAAUACAAAGACCUAGUUUGUGAAGUUCUCAAUCAGACUUGUUAGUUUCCUGUUAUCUGAAAUGGCUGAAACAGCUGUUAACGCCUUUUUUGACAGAACACUCUUCGAUUUUUGGGUUUUGCUGACGUCACUUAUGGGAUGUACCAUCCAAUGAACAACCAGUAGAAAUUAGGCAGCAGUGAAUGUUCAUCAGUAUUGUUUGUUAUUGUUACGUUAAAUUUGAUUUAAUAUUCCUGCAAAGGGUAAAAUAUGCAGCUUUGUACCAUUCUUUUAGCAAGUUUGAGCUCAUCAGUUUUGAUUAUUAUUACCGGUACUUGAAUACUUGAAAACUUCUUUUUCUAACCUCUUUGAAAGACGUCAUGUUGACUUCAUGACAUCUGUGUUUAACACAUAACACUUAUUUUUUGUAUGAGCUCCACAGCCAGGAAACAAAUGUGUGUAUUUAUUACUUUCCAACAUGCUAGACACGUCCAUCAAGUUUAUGAUUCAAUAUUUCUGAAAUACUACCUGUUCACACAAAUAUUGUUUGGACUGUGUACAUCAGUGUCAUUCAAUCAUUUCCCAGGUAUUCUUUGUUUGUUGUACCGUACAUUUAGACAGGAGAUGGUGGAGAAAAUAUAGAUACUUGUUCUUAUUAUGAAGUGCACUAGAGGUGAAUCCAGGUAAGAUUUCUUGCUAAUUUCCCCUAUUAAACAUACUAUAAUAAUAUACUAGUCUUAAAUGAGAUGUAGAAAAAGAGAGGCAAAUGAGAUAGAGAAGCUAUUUUACAAGACAUACGUUGGUGAAGAUGAACUCAUCUUUGUAACCUUUUGUUACCCGCAGUGGUGUGGGGCUGAUGUAAAAUAUUUUGAUAUAAUUUGUGCAGGUUACAUGAAUUUAUAAUUUUAGUGUAUUGCAUUUUUUUUAUUUAAAUGGAUGAUACUUGUAGUUAAUACAAGGACUUUUGUACAGUUCUGAUAUAUUUAAUUUUGCUUAAUUCAUUAAGUACUUUGAUUAUGCAUAACCAUUCAUUCAUAUUUGUAGUGCUUAAGAAUCUCUUGAACUUCCUCACGGUAGACGCACUUUUAUUUAAUAUGUUGAAUUCAAACUUGAUUGGCUUUUGAGAUGCAGAUGAGGUCAAAUGUGUUAUUAUACACUGUAGACAGUACAAUGUAUCUUCUAUUACCUAAAAGUGGUGAAACAUUUGUUUUCAUAUUUUAAAGCUGUUGAACAGCCUGUACAGGGCUAAUGCUUGUAUCGUUGUGUAUACAUGCUCUUUCCUGAACACACAAUACAGAUAGUGUAAUUAUCUUAGAUUCUUGUUAGUGUAAAGCUGUACUAGCAACAAAGAGAACAAUGCUUUAGUUUAAUCAGAGUUAAUUAGGUUCAUCUUCUCCAUACACAGCUGAAGAUGUAUGUUUAAUUUUUCUCAAUUUAAAUAAAAGCCUGAAAGACAACUUGAACAAUAAAUCCAGACGUUAAUUGCCAUUGCUGACAAUUGUUUUCUCUUUUAAUUAAUAAUAUUUAUGUGUAAGACAUUGCCUGAGGUGUUCUCCAGAGUAUUUGACUAUCAAUGCCUAUUUGCAAGCCAAAUUAGGAUGUUUGAUUUAUUGAAUAAAACAUUGUAAUAUA